CCCGGAGACCUGCGCAUUAUGCCAGAGUCUUCUUUGAUAAAGCCCCUGUAAGAGGAGCGAAAAACGUCAGAAGUAGAAGUAUUGGACCCCUGCAUUGAUAUUGGACCCGUAUUCUGCUGCAGCCAUUUGCCAUCACCAUCAGCUUGACUAAAACUGGGAGGAUAGAGAUCGCGCAUUAGUGCCUGCAUGCGGCACGGAGAGGUGGCUGCUUGGGGAACUCUGGGCACAAUUAAACCACUGAAGAAUUUUGAACCGGCUGCUGACAUUGAGAAAAUUAAUGAGACACUGGAAAGCAAAGGGAUCUGGCGAACACUUAUUGACGUAGUGACUCUGCUCAACAAUGAUCAGAGGCAAGAGGUGCUUCAGCUGUACAAGACGGAGGUUCAGCAGGACCUGUUGCAGAACAUUGGCAAAGCUCUCUCUGGAGAUCUAGAGAAGGUAAUCAUUGGUUUGCUGAAGGCUCCAGCUGCCUAUGAUGCACAGGAACUGAAAGCAGCAAUGAAGGGUUUAGGAACAGAUGAAGCCACAUUGACUGAAAUCCUUUCCACAAGAUCAAAUGAACAGCUCAGAGAGAUACAGACAUGCUACAGGCAAGAAUAUAAAACUGAACUGGAGAAAAACAUUAUGUCAGAAACAAGUGAGCCAUACACAGGCCUUCUCCUAGCACUGGCCAAGGGCAAGAGAGAAAAGGAUUCUGGGAUAAUUGACUAUGGACUCAUUGAGCAGGAUUCUAAGAUUCUGAGUGAAUUGGGACCUAAGAAUACUUCCAACAGUGCUCAAUGGAUCACAAUCCUUACAGAACGGAGCCAAGGACAUCUUAGACGAGUGUUUGACCACUUCAAGAACUCUACCUCUGUGGAUAUAGAGGAAAGUAUUAAAAAGAAUUUCAAAGGAGAUUUCCAAAAAUCCUUAUUGACCUUAGUGGCUGUGGCUAAAGACACCCCGCUCUAUUUCGCGGACAGGCUGUACAAUGCAAUGAAGGGUCUGGGAACCCAAGACUCGGAUCUUAUCCGUAUACUCAUUUCUCGGAGUGAGGUUGAUUUAUUGAGCAUCCGAGCGGCAUACAGGAAAAAAUAUGGAAAAUCUCUCUACUCAUCAAUCCAGGAUGACACUAAGGGAGACUACAGGUCUGCAUUGCUGUGUAUAUGUAGGGCAGAAGACGUCUGAAGUUACAGGACUACUGAGAAUGAGAAGUGGCCCAUCCGAUUGCCCUUCCUGAGGCCUACUACACAACUAUGCAUGCAUUGCCACAGCAGCAUACUGUCAUAUACUGUACUCAGUCAUUAAAAGUAGCUUUUGUA